AUGUGGAAAGACAAUCAUAUCGAGGAUAAAUACAUAAAAUGUCGCAAACAAAGAGAUGACCUGUCCAGGCAGCUAAACUUGGCGAAGAAGCUCUACGGACAACAGAACUGUGAGAAGCUCGAGCUUCUGCAAAACAAAGACCAGCAAGGAUUUUCUACAGCCCUCAGCAAAUUUUUGAAAGGUAAAACUGUGGCCAGUUUCGGAGAUGGCCCUGGCCUGUACAAGAAGCACAUCGAUUCUCUUGGUGAGGUAUCCAGUUACAUUGCCUAUGACGGUGCUCCAUUCUGUGAGACAGUUACUGGUGGUCUCGUGAAAUUCCUAGACCUAACGGCGCCCCAGUACGGUUUACCUGCCUACGACUGGGUGGUCAGUGUGGAGGUUGGGGAGCACAUCCCAGCCAAGUUUGAGGACAUCUACCUGGACAACAUGGUCAGACAUGCCAAGGAGGGCAUCGUACUCAGCUGGGCUGUCCCUGGUCAGGGCGGGCUGUCGCAUGUCAACAACAAGGCCCCAGAGGCCGUCAUGGCUCAGAUGGAGAAGCGGGGAUUCAUAAUUGACCAGGAAGGUGGAAAUCAACUACGACAAGCCUCGAGGUUUUCUUGGUUUAAGAGCAAUGUAAAUGUGUACAGAAGGCAAAACCCAGACUCUUUUAGUGCUGACGAUGUAUAG